AGUGUCGGACGCCAUCUUGAGGAGAGCCUGUGGACGCAGCUCAUCAGCGGUAGUUGGCGGCGGUGAGUGACAACAAUCUGAGGCGCAUCAUGACGGGACUUCUCACUUCCGAUUAAAAGUGCUUCACAGCAACUUCGGGCUUUACGCGCUUCGGGGAAAGACGGGGAGUAGACAGCGUGAGCGGAAGGCUUUGGGUGGUUUGUUUUUUGGUGGGUUGUUUUUAAAAUUAAGAGAUAGACAGAGACUGCGCUGUAGCGGAUGGCUGGUUAGCUGCUCCCUGGACUCCACCGCGGCCUGUUACCGAGGAAGGAAGGGUGGUGACGGCGCAAAAUGCUCUACCGCUGACUCUACACUUAUCCUACCCAGAGACUCGCAGCGAGUCGGACGACGACCAUGAUGCACUUAUAGAUUUUAAAAGACUCUUUUCUGUCAACAUUUCGUUAUUUUUCUUGUCGAGACUGAACGACAGCGAGGUUACCCCGAAAACUACCCCCGGCCGAGACAUGUCAUCCAACUGCACCAGCGCAGCGCCUGUCAGCGCGAGCAAAACCAAGACGAAAAAGAAGCAUUUUAUAGGACAAAAAGUGAAAUUAUUCCGCGCCAGCGAGCCCAUUCUCAGCGUUUUAAUGUGGGGAGUCAACCACACGAUCAAUGAAUUAAGUAACGUGCCUGUACCUGUAAUGCUGAUGCCAGAUGACUUUAAAGCCUACAGUAAAAUCAAAGUGGACAACCAUCUAUUUAACAAAGAAAACCUGCCCAGUCGCUUUAAGUUCAAAGAAUACUGUCCCAUGGUGUUCAGGAACCUGAGGGAGAGGUUCUGCAUCGAUGACCAGGACUACCAGAACUCUCUGACCAGGAGCGCCCCCCUCAACAGUGACUCCCAGGGUCGCUUCGGCAACCGAUUCCUGUCCAGCUACGACCACCGCUUUGUAAUCAAAACAGUGUCCAGUGAGGACAUUGCUGAGAUGCACAACAUCUUAAAGAAAUAUCACCAGUUUAUAGUGGAGUGUCAUGGCAACACACUACUGCCUCAGUUCCUUGGCAUGUACAGACUAACGGUGGAUGGGGUGGAAACGUACAUGGUGGUAACUCGGAAUGUAUUCAGCCAUCGCCUUACUGUACACCGCAAGUAUGACCUGAAGGGUUCUACGGUCUCUAGAGAAGCCAGCGACAAGGAGAAGGCUAAAGAACUUCCCACGUUUAAAGACAAUGACUUCCUGAAUGAAGGGCAGAAGCUGCAAAUAGGAGAUGAAAACAAGAAGUACUUUUUGGAGAAGCUAAAACGAGAUGUAGAGUUUUUGGCCACAUUAAAGAUCAUGGACUACAGCCUCCUGGUGGGCAUCCAUGAUGUGGAACGAGCAGAACAAGAGGAGAUGGAUGUGGAGGGAGCGGGGGAAGAGGAGGAGUAUGAAAAUGAUGGCAUGGGAGGGGGAGUGCACACCGGCUCCUUCGGAACACCACCCGACAGCCCUGGGAACCCGCUCAACUGCGGGGGGUUCUUCAGCCCCGGGGAGUUCGACCCCUCUGUAGACGUUUACGCAAUCAAGAGCCACGACGGUGCGGUGAAGAAGGAGGUUUACUUCAUGGCUAUCAUUGACAUCCUCACCCACUACGAUGCUAAGAAAAAAGCUGCACAUGCUGCCAAAACUGUGAAACAUGGGGCGGGGGCUGAGAUCUCAACAGUGAACCCAGAGCAGUACUCCAAACGAUUCUACGAGUUCAUGUCCAACAUCCUAUCAUAGACUCAUCUCCCAUAAUCCUCUGCUUCAUCCUGGUCACAAAUCCACACAUGUAUUUCUCUCCUCUCAGCUUGGUGUUGGGCCAUCUUCUCCACCUCUGCCUUCAGGUCAUUACAUCCGAUUAAUACAAACCUUCCCGGGGGGUGGGGGGGGGUAUGUUUUUGACCUUUUCCACCUACAACGGAAACACUUAGCACCAUUGCCUGGUUCCUCUUUACUCACCAAAAAAAAAAAAAAAAAAUAGCAGAAAGAGUGGCUAAAUGAGUGUGGAUAAUCUCCCUGUCUUCUGUUAUUCAGUUCUUCUACUUCCACUCGUUCUCAGCCACCGUGUUCCCUCACGCCAGCACGGACACUGUCUAACUAAUGCCUUUAGUGUCAGCUUCAGCAGUUAACAGUCUGUUAAUACAGUCUCUCCAGUUCCUGUCAACAUUGGUGUUAUCCUUAUCCUCUUAUCAUUUUCUAUAACACACUCGGCCUGUCACUUUGUCCAGGAAAAAUGUUUAAAAAAAAAAAAAAAAAAAAAAAAAAUUCACAUGUCUGACACAUCCUGAGUCACCUCUGCUGCUGUUUGCCCUAAAAGAAUGUACUAGUCGGGGCCAAAAUAAUGACAGAACUCCUGUUUGUGCUUACUGUGAAAACACAGUCAGUAGUCAACAUGGAACUUAAGUUUGAAAGCAGGAAAUUAUUUUGAAAUUUUUUUUUUUUUGAGUAUUUAUUUUCUACCACAUAAAAGACUUCAGAUUGAGUCCUAACAGCAGAGUUGUAUCCUGGUCGUCUUGUGCUGAAGUCGAAACAUGAAAUCUGAGGUAGAGUUUUUUUUUUUUUUUUUAUUCCCUGAAACCCAGUUAAAUGUGGUUUUUACUGUCAAAAGUACACUUUUAGCUUCACAUUGGAACAUUUUCAGUCAAAAAGAGAAAGCCCUAUUGCGCACACACACAGAGGUCCAUUUGCAUGACAAGCCCUUUGACAGACGCCACCAGGCUUUUCUCUGUUCUAAUCAAGUUCAAAUCUGAAAAAUCUGGGAGGAAAGUGGAACAUCCAUCUGUAAUGGUGUAGGUAAACGAAUGCAAUAUCAAAAAUGCAUGGCUGAUGUGUGACGUGAGACCCCCCCAACCGUAAGUUGAAACAUCAAACACCUGAAACCUAGCAUCCAAGUGUUAUGACAAUAACAAAAUAUUACAAAAAAAAAAAUAAAAAAAUAUAUAUAUAAUUGGUGUUCGAAUGUUACGUUGCCAUAUUUUUGAGUAUCUUGGUGGAGGUCAGUCUAACAGAAAUGAAUAAAAAAAAAAAAAACAGUAAAAAGGGGAAUUCUACAACAAAUACUUUUGUGACCAUAAGGAUCAUUUUUAUAUCUUGUUUACAUUAAUGUAGCAACUUUUGUGUUUGUUUACAGUAUUGUUUUGUUACCAACAGACAUGAGAGAAGAAAAAAAAAAGGUUACUUGAAAAUGAACGAUUGCAUAUUAAAGGGAGUUUUAUCUUG